UGACACUUCAACUUGCCGUGCUCUACGGUAGUUGAUUCAGUCAGUCACUCACACCGUCUCCGGGGCUCUCGCGUCGUCUUUGUGAAGUGCAGAGAGCAAGAGAGAGCAGCGACGUAAACACGAGGUUUUGGAGGAACAAUACGCGGAUUCGCUACUGACUCCUGGCUCAAAAUCACCGCUUAAGGAAGGGGUCAGCGAGGGACCGUGCGUGAGGAAUACAUGAAGGGCCAGGUGGGGGAGGGGGCGGCGACCACGGCAGCAGUACCACCAAGGUCAAAGUUCACACAGACUAAAGAGCUUUUAAUGGCGUCCCGGUAGAGACAUCAAGAUGAACACGUUACCGUCGAUGGACCGGCACAUCCAGCAGACCAAUGACAGGCUGCUGUGCAUCAAACAGCACUUACAGAACCCGGCCAACUUCCACUCGGCGGCCACAGAGCUGCUCGACUGGUGUGGAGAUCCCCGGGCCUUCCAGCGACCUUUCGAGCAAAGCCUCAUGGGAUGUCUCACGGUGGUGAGUCGUGUGGCUGCUCAGCAGGGCUUUGACUUGGACCUGGGCUACAGGUUGCUGGCUGUGUGUGCUGCCAACAGGGACAAAUUCACUCCCAAGUCUGCAGAAACCAGCACCUGCAGGAGAUGUCAGAGUGACUCAGCCCUGCUGUCGUCGUGGUGCGAGGAGCUGGGUCGUCUCCUCCUGCUGCGUCACCAGAAGAACCGGCAGAACGAACCGCAGGGAAAAGUCCCCAUGCAGCCCAGCAUGAACAGCAUGAAGCCUGGCCUCACACACAGUGAUGGAUCCUUUCCCUAUGACUCUGUCCCCUGGCAACAAAACACCAACCAGCCCCCUGGGUCAUUGUCUGUGGUUACAACAGUGUGGGGCGUAACCAAUACAUCACAGAGUCAGGUGCUAGGUAACCCAAUGGCAAACAGCAAUAACCCCAUGAAUCCUGGAGGUAACCCAAUGGGAUCAGGUAUGUCUGCCAGCGCAGCAGGGCUCAACUCGUCUCAGUUCAACGCUCAGCAGCAACAGUUUCCAAACAAAGGCGGCUCCAACCAGGGGUACAUGCAGCAGGGCAUGUACGGCAGGCCUGGCUACCCUGGAGGUCCUGGGGGAUACAGCGGGAGUUAUUCUGGAGGGCCAAACGCUCCUCCAGGAGGAAUGGGAAUGACCUCCCACACACGUCCUCCUGGUGACUUCACACAGCCGGCAGCCGCAGCAGCAGCCGCCGCCGUCGCUGCUGCAGCUGCUACCGCAACGGCCACAGCGACGGCCACCGUGGCAGCCCUGCAGGAAACGCAGAAUAAAGACAUGAACCAGUAUGGACAGAUGUGUUCGUCGUUCCAAAUGGGCCCCACUCAGGCCUACAACAGCCAGUUCAUGAACCAGCCGGGCCCUCGAGGGCCCCCUGGAGGGAUGAAUCCAGCCAGCAUGGGAUCAGCCAUGAACAACCCUAACAUGAGUGGACCUCCCAUGGGCAUGAACCAGGCUCGGACCCCAGGCAUGGGGCCUUUUGGAGCGCACGGCCAAAGGAUGCCCCAGCAAGGGUACCAAGCUGGACCUCGACCGGGAAUGCCCAUGCAGGGGAUGAAGAGGCCAUAUCCCGGGGAGGGGAGUUACGGGGGCCAGCAGUACGGGCCAGCCAGUCAGUUCCCACCUCAGCAGGGCCAGUAUCCCGCGUCAAAUGCCUCCAGGCCGCUGCCGUCUCCUAAUUACCCCGGCCAGAGGAUGCCAGGACAGCCGGGCCAAGGACAAUACCCACCCGGCAUGCCCAUGGGCCAGUACUACAAGCAAGAGCCAUUCAAUGGUCAGAGCACCAACUUUUCUGGAGGUGGAUACUCUUACGGCCAAGGCAACGGGCCCCCCAGGCCCGGGAAUUACCCCCACUCCCCGGUCCCUGGAAACCCCACCCCCCCUAUGACCCCAGGAAGUGGAAUUCCUCCAUACCUGUCGCCAAACCAGGACGUGAAGCCCCCGUUUCCACCUGACAUGAAACCAAAUAUGACAGCACUUCCGCCGCCCCCAACGAACCCCAAUGAGGAGCUGCGGCUGACAUUCCCAGUAAGGGAUGGGGUGGUACUAGAGCCGUUCCGCUUGGAGCACAACCUGGCUGUCAGUAACCACGUCUUCCACCUUCGACCCUCCGUCCACCAGACUCUCAUGUGGAGGUCCGACCUUGAGCUGCAGUUUAAGUGUUACCAUCACGAAGACAGGCAGAUGAACACCAACUGGCCCGCCUCCGUCCAGGUCAGCGUCAACGCCACGCCCCUCACCAUCGAGAGGGGAGACAACAAAACCUCCCACAAACCCCUGCACCUGAAGCACGUAUGCCAACCCGGGAGAAACACCAUCCAGAUUACAGUCACGGCGUGCUGCUGUUCCCACCUGUUUGUGCUGCAGCUGGUCCACCGGCCAUCUGUGCGCUCCGUCCUCCAGGGGCUCCUUAAGAAGAGACUCCUUCCUGCAGAACACUGCAUCACCAAGGUUAAGAGGAACUUCAGC